AUGGGCCUGGCAUACAACGUUUACCUCAACUGCAAGCGAAUCUACGGCUGCAAGACCUGCAAGACCCACCUGGCAGACCACGAUGACAUAGUGAGCAGAAACUUCCGGGGCCAGCAUGGCAAGGCUUUCUUGUUCAACAGCGUCGUCAACAUCGUGGCCGGCGAGGCUGGCGAACGCAACAUGACCACUGGAAGACAUGUCGUACGAGACAUCACCUGCAGACAGUGCAAAGAGACGGUUGGUUGGAAGUACGACAAGGCGUACGAAGCCGCCGAGAAGUACAAGGAGGGCAAAUACAUCCUCGAGGCAGAGCUACUCUGCAGCGUCAACUGA